AUGUGGUCAACACCGCGUUUGAGGCUUAGCUUAUUGGUUUUGUACGUUGCAAACCUCGCGCUUUUACAAGCCGACGGAGCUCAGUUUGGCUUACUGGAAUUGCAGCAGGAGGUGCAAUGCCGCACGGGCCGGGAGCUGGCGCUUGCCUUCGCGAACCCCAAUAUUAGGGAGGCAGUGCUGCUGGAAGACAUAAUAUUGGCUGAAAGCGACUUCGCAGGCCUGAAUUCAUCGCAAGCAAUCAUUGUCCAAAGGAAUCUCACCAUAAGAGGACUGGAGGCCAGCUGGCCGCUAGUGCUGGAUAUGAAUUACCUUCGUGCGAAGCACGCGCAGCGUGAAAGCGAGAAUAAAUAUGCACCACGGAAAUUGUGCCUGGCUCUCCGCUGGCCGCUUAGCUUUCCUAGCAGCUGGUUAAGGCGGAGCGGGAGCAAGAAGCAGCAGAAGCGGAAAACAGGGACAAGCCAUUCCCCUCCCAAUGUUCUCACGCGACGUGAUCCACGAAAAAACUCUCCACUCACACUUUACAACCAUGCUCAACAUCAAGCCAGCUCAAACUCAGGCACACUUACAAAAUACCUCUUUCAUUAUUUUUCACAAUAUGAGGGUGGGGGGAUGUCAGAGAGGACCGGCACAGCCACCGGCACAGCCACCGGCAAACUCGUUGCCCUGGUAGAGGCUUCCCAGGAGACCUCCAUCCUCCUGUUGUUGUUGUUGUUGUGUUCUUGUUGUUGUUGUUGUUGUUGUUGUUGUUGUGCAUUCUUCUGCGUCUUCGAGACGCGCUCGGUCGCACGUGGCUGGACUUGCGGGUGCUGCUGCUGCUGCUACUGCUGCCCGCAAGAGCAGGAGCAGCAGGCCUGGACUACGCAGCCGGGGUUUGACAUCCUUAGUGUCGAGCCUGAUGCCGGCGGCCGUGUUGCCAUAAUCGAGAUAAAGGACUGCUACAUUUUGUACAAGCUCUGCUUCCCGGAAUCAGUUGCCAGGACAGCCUUCAACGUUAGUCGACCAGCUGAGGUGCCCGGAAAGAUGGCCUACAUACUGCCGUACCCAUCACCGUACACUUGUACGAACUACAGCCCUCCCGCUGCGCCCGCGGUCGCGCCGUUGGGGAGUGAGGGGGCUAUACCCCCACUCAACGGCGGUGACAGCAAAGGACCAUUGUCGCGGUACGGCUGCUUCAAGCACGUGAUUCUGUACGUCGAUAUUGCUGUGUACGGCGGCGACAUGAAUGAUGACCUAACCCCGAGUUACGGUUUCAAGUACCCGGUACAUGCGCUGAACACGCAGGCAUUAUGCCUCGAUAUUCUGUCGGACGCGUGCAUCGAAAAGUACGGCUACAUAGGCUGCUUGACGUACACCACGAAUUCACACGUAGCGCAGUCGCCGCCAAUCCGGCAACUGAAGUCCCCGGGACCCGCCACCUUGGCCGGCUCAUCCGCCGCCGCCGCCGCCGGUCGGGCGCCGCAAGAGUCCAGGCAUCGCCUAGCCGCCCUUUUGGGCAGCAUCAUCGGCGGUGCAGGGCUGCUCACCCUAACCGCAGCCGUUGCAGUGUUUGUCGUACGGUUGCGGCGUCGCCGCCGCAAGUACGGCAUUCCAAAGGCCGUUUACCCACCAUCCAGUCCUUCUGUCUAUGCUUCUGGCUUGGAGCGAUCCCCGGCCGAAAGCGCUUCAGGGCGCCCCAAACGAGAAUCACUGUCGGUGGAUGACCUGGGCAGCAAAUUUCCUGAAGGCGCGUACCCUUACCUGGGCCUAGGGCUGUGUGCGGCGAGGGCAGCAGCAGCAGCAGGAGGGCCUCAUGCCGCGGCGGCAGCAAACGUUCAGCAGCGAAAGCAGCAUCCCAAACAUGUGGUAGCAGCCGCUGCUGCUGCUGCGCCUCCAUCAUCGCCAUCGGCAGCGGCGGCAAACCCUGUCCUUGUUACUGAUGUGGAGAAUGGUGAUGCCGACGGUGAACUGGCGGCGACAGCGCUGCCUAGACGGUACGUAGGCGGUGACGGCAGCCAGCGUAGCUUGUGCCUGGGCUCUAUAUCGUCGUUGGGUCACGUGGCGGAGGACGCGGCACUGCUGCCGGUGACCCCGCUGACGCCGCUGCACCCGGGCAUAAACCUCAAUGUACGACUAGGUGACGGCGCCGACGAGCUUCAGUUGUCCAGCGUCACGUUAGGCAAGGGCGCGUUUGGCCGCGUGGUUGCGGGAGUGUACGGCGGCGUGCGGGUUGCUGUAAAGAUCAUUGACCACGGACUGCUGGGGCAAUGGCGGCCCGUGGCGGUCGCAGCGGCAGCAGUAGCCGUACACCAGGCCGGCCAUAAUGGCGGCGGCAGCCCCGGCGACGGCAGCUGCGGCAGCCCCGGCGAUGGCGGCGGCGGCAGCCCCGGCGAUGGCGGCGGCGGCAGCCCCGGCGAUGGCGGCGGCGGCAGCCCCGGAGACGGCGGCCGCGGCAGCCCCGGCGAUGGCGGCGGCGGCAGCCCCGGCGAUGGCGGCGGCGGCAGCCCCGGAGACGGCGGCCGCGGCAGCCCCGGCGAUGGCGGCGGCGGCAGGGUUGUCGCUUCCCUGGACCAAGACCUCCAGGUCGGCAGCGGCGCCGUCGCCGCAGCUGCCACCGCCGCCGCCGCGAUGGGUGCGGUGAAGACUAGUGUUGGUGUGGAUAGACUUGGUUAUGAUGCCAGCGACGUCGACGCUGGCGGCAGGGACUGUAGCACUGCUGCGUCUCCCAUGCCUUCUGCUGCUACUGCUCCACAUGAAGCCUCCGCGGCUGCCCUUCCUCAUGGCAGCGGACAGUCGCCGUCGUCGCCCGUCACUGCUACUGCCAACGACGGCGCCGUCGGCGUCGUUGACGUACAGCAGUGCAUCCCUGCCGUUAUGGCCGCCGCUGUAAGGAGCCCAGCCGAGGUGGCCGAGGCGUCGGUCUUGGUCGCAUCAUGCAGCCUGCUACAGCUUGCACCAAACCUGGAGCUGGCGCUGAAGCAGGAAGUGGAGAUACUGGCAAGGUGUCAACACCCCAAUGUGGUGCGUCUGUUGGCCGCCUGCUUGAGUCCGCCAACAUACUGCCUGGUGAUGGAGCGCAUGGAGACAUCCCUGGAUCGAAUGCUGUACGACAGUGUUUCACGGAAACCUAAACUGCUGCCCCUGGAUGCGGUCCUCACGAUCGCUAUCCAAAUCGCAAAAGGACUCACGUACUUGCAUCCAACCAUCGUACAUCGAGACUUGAAGCCAGGCAAUGUGCUCAUCUCCCGCUCGGAUCCGAACACAGGUCGCCUCACCGUAAAAAUCGCAGACUUUGGGCUAUCCCGACUCCGCGACACAGUCCUCAUCACCCGAAAUCCUGAAGUCGGUACGGCCCAGUACAUCGCUCCGGAGGCCUUUGACGUCUGCAACAACCGAAUCACGGAUCGUGUGGACGUGUAUGCACUGGGCAUCAUAAUCUGGGAAAUGCUGGCGGGCGUGCGGCCCUGGGCUGGCCUCCAUAUCGUCGUGAUCGCCUUGUCCGUGGCCAUAUACCGCAAGCGACCGCCCCUUGAGGCAGUGCCACGGGACCGCUGCCCCCCGAAGCUACGUCUCCUGAUCGAAUCCUGCUGGGAGCAAAUUCCGGAGCGGCGGCCCGCUGCCGCCGAGGUUGCCAAACGGCUGGUGCUUAUUCAACAGCAGUGUGCAGAACUUAGUAUUAUCGAUCAUAGAAUAGAUACGAGGGGCCGUAAGAAGGUCAAGCCCGUGAGUCAACGCGGCAUAGCAGAAUGUAUGACCGGUCCUUACAUAGCCAAACACGCAAAAGGCAACGACUUGAACGCCGAACAAACACCAAAACAGCAAGAUAAGCCUGAAAUGUUUCCUGAUAAAGGCGUUUGGGACGGUGGUGCUGUUGUCGGUAAUGCAUCGGCAAUGGUGUUGCUGCCAGCGGCGACCGAUGACACGGGCGCCAUUACCCCUGCCUUCCAUGGCGGUUGUGAUCAGCAUAAGCGCAAGCUGUCACCCAAUCAGCUCGACAACAACGAAUGCGGCGAGGCGCCCAACCCGAGCGCUCGCAGUGCCAAGCGGGCUCAGACACAGUGCCAGAACUAUCUAUGCAUGUGCAUGAAGAGUGCGCACAUGAACGAAAACGCGCCAACGCAGUGCGUGCCUCUUGGUCUAUGA